AUGGGUGUCGGAAAGAGUUGUCUACUUCAUCAAUUUACAGAGAAAAAAUUUAUGGCCGAUUGUCCACAUACAAUUGGUGUAGAAUUUGGUACACGUAUUAUUGAAGUCAAUGGACAAAAAAUCAAAUUACAAAUUUGGGAUACAGCUGGUCAAGAACGUUUCCGUGCAGUAACACGUUCAUAUUACCGUGGCGCAGCAGGCGCUCUUAUGGUUUAUGACAUAACUCGACGUGCCACUUACAAUCAUUUAAGCGGAUGGCUUACUGAUGCAAGAAGUUUGACUAAUCCUAACACAGUUAUCUUUCUUAUUGGUAAUAAAGGUGAUUUAGAUGGUCAACGUGAAGUAACCUAUGAUGAAGCCAAACGAUUUGCUGAUGAAAAUGAUUUAUUAUUUCUUGAAACAUCAGCUAAAACAGGUGAUCAUGUUGAAGAUGCAUUUAUUGAAACAGCGAGAAAAAUUUAUCAAAAUAUUCAGGAUGGUUCGCUUGACUUAAAUUCAGCUGAAUCAGGUGUUCAACCUAAACCACUUGCAAUUACUCGUACUGGAAAUGGUACAACUGGUUCAGAUGGGAAUGCACAAAGUGGUGAUUCGAAAUGUCAAUGUUAA